AUGGAAGAAGUGGACAAGAUCCUCAUCCGUGCUUUGAAACAAGUGGGCACGGAGGUGCCAGAGGAGGUGGACAGUGUGAAGCUCUUCAGCAGUGAGCUGGUGGUCCAGGCCGUGGUCUCAUGUCUCCGUGUGAUCGACCCAGGACUGGACCACGGACUGCCCUCCUCCCUCCCCCCAGGGAUGUCUGCUCGCUUCAGGGUCGGCAUGAGUCUGGCACAGGCCUGCCAGGACGUGGGGUACAAGGGGGAGCUGGGGUACCAGACGUUCCUCUACAGCUCUGAGCCCGAGAUCCGCUCUCUGCUCAUGUUCCUGGUGGAGAAGCUUCCACGAGGGAGCAACGAGUCCUCAGACCAGUCCUCAGGUAAAUCAGUUCUGUUGCACAAAGACAUCGCGGCGGCGCUGAAGGCUGAGCUGCACGUGCCCUGGCUGCCCCGGACCUGCCGUCUGCCCCGGACCUGCCGUCUGCCCCGGACCUACGAUCCAGACGUCCUGCACCACUUCCACUCCCAGCCUCUCAGUCUGCCUCACAGCCCAGACCGGACAGGCCUCUGCAAAGAGCUGCUUGAAUACCAGAGAGACCUGUUGCCCCCGGUGACCAGCCAGACCUCCCAGACCUCAGUCCUGGCCUCAGUCCUGGAACAGCACACCUCCCACUGCUGCCAGACCCAGGACUGGAACAGCGAGUGGAACAGCCAGGGCCUGCUGUCCCGGCUCAGCCCUGAGGAGUACCGGCUGAGGAAGCGCGCUCGUCUGCGUCAGCGCCUGGAUGAGCAGGUGCGCUCUGCUGUGGCCGCUGAUGGUUCCUCUAAUGGUUCCUCUGAUGGUUCCUCUGGAUUAGAGCUGUCAGAGCUGCUGCGCUCCUUCAGAGGCUCAGAGCAGCUCCCACAGAAGAGCUCCCACUUCAGCCACACACAGAAGUUCACCUUCACUCAGGAGGCCUCCCCCCUCCCCUUCCCCCCGGUGGCCUUAGGGGGGGGUCAGCAGCAGCAGCAGGAGGAGCUCAGAGCGUUACAGCAGCAGCUGCAGCAGCUGUGCACAGGUGUGGAGCAGCUCACAGUGGAACUGAAGCACCGGAGCCUCACCGCAGCACAGGUUUCCAAUGAUAUAAAUAAAAGAGAGCGUGAAAAUGAGGAAAAACAACAUCAGAUCCAAGUCAAGAAGAAAACCAUCGACCUUCUACCAGAGACCGACAAGAACCUGCUCCAGAUGCAGGAGCAGGUGGAUACCAGCGCACGCCGUGUACUCAGCCUCGCCACGCAGUGGGAAAAACACAGGACUCCACUGAUCGAAGAGAAACGCAGACUGAAGGAACUCUGCAGGGUCCAGGACAUGGAAUCUUCUGGAAAAUUGUCUGAGAUCCGGUCUCUACACGAAAAGAUCUCUGUGUGUUCGGAGGAGGCGAAGAAGAAGGAGCAGACCUACAAACAGCUGGUUCUCUGUCAGGUCCUCUGUCAGGUUCUCUGUCAGGUUCUCUGUCCUCUGUCAGGUUCUCUGUCAGGUUCUCUGUAG